UUGACCCGCAGACUGAAAAAUAAUCUCACAUCUCUGAGAUGUGAAUGGUUUGAAAUGAUACAGUUCGGAUGCUGAGGACGGUGAGAGUUGGUCGUUGUUUGAGUAAACAUAGAUUUUGGUUUUAAUUUGCCGAUAUCUUAUUUAAUUUGUAAUCCGUCAAAUUUAAACAACUUCAGCGUGUGCUCUGUGACAGGCAAGAGCACUUAUCACUGAGAAAGAGUUUGUUAUUAGUGAUGGUUUUGUUUCGGAAGUCCACGAAAGUGGUCGAUUGUAAUAAAGUGAAGAGCGUAACUCUAUAUCAUCGUUCUAGUUGUAAUGCCUGCUGCACAAAGAUUUUUGUCUGGUAGCUUUAUUCAGGAAUCAAUGAAGGAGGAUAUUCUCCGAGCACCGCGGCCUAAAAUUUCAAAACAUGCCAGGCAGAAAGGAAAUGCAAAGUUGCAGAAACUACAUCAUCCCAAACUUUGUGUUUUAUCAAAGCCAGAGAGCAAUGUGUUAAAUGGCAAGAACAGAUAUCGCUUCCCGGAUCCAAGCAAUGACAAAUGUGUUUUGCUUGGAAUAUUCGACAAGGACGAAACGUUGAUGAAACUCCAUUACAUUGAUACAGCGGGCAUCAAUGUUGACGAAAGUUUGGAGAAAGAAAUUCUACAUAAUCCAUAUGAAAUGCAUUAUUUCCUCAAACUGGAGCAAAUACAAAUAGAAUCUCCAAAUGGGACCACUGACAUAGAGACUAGUCUCCACAAUAAAAGUAUAAUUUGUGCCAAACUGAGUGAUCACACGGUCAGCGACACAAGUGUGCCUAAAGAAGUCGCAGGGUUUUGGGUCCGAAUGUUUGGGCCAAGAAGUGUCUUCACAAUGAACUUUACAUUGUGGUCGGCUGAAGUUAACCGGAGAUAUAGGUCGAAUCUCCUUUUCAAAAGUAAAGGUGUGAAGAGUGAUUUUUGUAAUUUAGAGAAACUGGAUGAAAUCCAUGUUCAAUUUGAAAACAAACCAAGAGAAGAAUCUAAACAAAAGAAUAAAAGGAAAACAACGUUAUCAAAUAAGCAGAAUGUUUUUGAAAUCAAAGAAGUUGUAAAAUUAGUAAAAAAGGUCAGGUACUGCCGGGACAAUGGAAAAUUGGAAGAAUUUGAUGCGCAGUGCUCAGAAUUCCAAAGGCAAGCCAAGAUGACUUCUAACAUUGAUGAAGAGUUGGCUUUGCAGCUUGAACAAAGUGUUUGUCUUUCAUAUCAAGGAAAUCCAGCAGAGGGCAAGAGACUGCUACAAAAAGCUGUCCAACUGUCCACCAAAUCUGUUAAUAGUUUAGCAAUUAAGAAUAGGGCUUACCUAUUUUUGGCAUUGAUUCACAUACAUGAUGGUAGUUUUGGCACAGCACAAGAAUGCCUUGGAAUGGUACAAAAAGAAAUUGAUCAAAUGCUAUCUACAGAAGAUUUAGCAUUCAGUUUGACACUUCACGGCAUUGUUAUGAUGAAUUUUGGGUUAAAGCUAAGUGAAAUGUCACAGUUUUUGUGGCAGGAGGCAUCUGAAAACUUUCAAAGUGCUCUUGAUAUAUGUAUUAAUCAUAAAACUGAUAUGAUAACAGAUGACUAUAUUUGUGCUGUUCAUCUCUUGAUGGCAAAAUUGUAUCUUGCAAUGUUAAAGUCUGCUUGCUCACCAGGUUGUAAAAUGCCUGACCUUGAAAACAAGAUUUCUGAACAUUUACAUUAUUUUGAUGAUAUUGAGCCUGUCAAAUUAUCAAGGAGAACAACUAUUUGUGGGCUUCUUCUCCAAGGUGAAUAUAAUAUGUUUCUCAAGAAGUUUGACGAAGCUACUGCAAUCUUUGAAAAUGUGAAAGAACUAAUUGCCAUUGACAACCGGCUUUAUCAUCUGGAGACAAAGAUUCUUGACAAGGCACAGAAAUGUGAUUUUCUAAGAAGCAAAGACAUUGAUGAUGUACGAAUGGCUAUGCUUGCAAAAACUCGUGAUUUGCUUACAAAAUCUGACAGUGAUACAGGCUACAGUGGAGAUGAAAGCUCUUCAAAUGAGAAAGUGGAUCUUGAGGCUGCCAGAUACAAGCAAACAACUUAUGUCUAGGGAGAUCAAGGAAUACAGCGUUUGGUUCUUUGGAAGGUCGCAGUACAGGCUCAGGCCUAUUAUUUGUACUCUAAAUAUGAGAUUGGAAUGUUUCCUUGAUGGUUUACCACGGAUUUAGAGAUAAGCCUCCCUGGACGAUCCCAGUGGCCUAAAGGUAAGAUGUUGUCAUGACUCCUAUUUCAAUGUAUCUUAUGACAAAGGUAGCAACUAUUGUUCAGACAUGAAUAUCCAAGAGCAUUUAUCGUCUGUAGUAGAUCCUUAUAAAGGGUUUCGAAUGAUAUUCGAAUUCCCAGUUUUUUUACUGUCAAAUUUUUCAAAUAGCUACCAGAUAAAGAAUAAGCAGACUUACUCCUGCAAGAUGCAUUGUCAGCAUUUAUCUUCAAAGGGGCUGGGUCACCUAACCGUAAACAAACAUUUUGUGCGGGACAGUCUGCGUGUAAGAGGGAUUUUGUUAUCAAUCGUCCAAGCGAAGUGUUUGACAAAAUGACAGGCCAUGAAAUCUUAGCCUGCGUGCAGACUCUUGAUGCUAGCAGCAAUGCUGCCAAAUCUGAAUCAUUCUUAAACCAUAGCUUUUAGCAAUGUGUGCUGUUUGUGAACCUGGGAUUCCACAGAUAAUGUCUCUGUGCUGUCCCUUCCGCCAAACAGCCCGUUAGGACGUUCACUUCUUGUGUUCUCGCUGCAGUAAGAACGGUAUCUUUUUCGUAGACUGAUCAAUGAAAUGAUGUUGCGCGCUUUAACAAACUCUAAGGGAGCCAGAAAAUAGUUCGUUAUAUCGGGAGUUCGCUAAACCGGGUGAAAACAUUUUUUAGGUCUUCGCAGUUCACACCUAAAAACCUGCGGUGGGCAUGUUUAGGCUAUCCCCAAUUUUUGUGCACAUUUUACUCCAAAAAAACCAAGCUGAAUUCAAAUAUUACUAAUUGUUAGUCAUCGAAAAUGGAAAAUGAAGAUCUUAAUGCUCCUGUUACAAUUUGGUACCCAGGCAUUGGCAAAGCUGAUAUCGCUUCACUUCUAGUUGGCGGCUGAAUGGCGUCUUCGAUUACUUCACAUUCUUAUUUGUUUUUUGCUUCUCUCUCUGGGUCUCUCAAUAAAGUUUUAUCGUAGCUCACUGCCAAUGUCUCAUAUGUAACAAAGGUAUUCGGUAGUGUCAAUGUACUCAUUCGCAUUAAUCUUUGACGCGAUCAAACUCUCGUCCCGUGCUCUGAGCCUAUCAGCCAGGGCUUGCAAUGUAUCAUCAGCAGGUUUUGCCGAUGACAAUAAUGAUUUUCCCCGAAAGAAAGUGAUCAAAGAGCAUCCAAAAUAAAUAGUUAAAAAUAACAAAAAAAAAUGGUGAAACAUUAUUCAUUAUAUCGAGGGUAAUUAUGAUGAAGGGACCCAAAACUUGGUUCGUAAUAUCGAGAGUUCGUUCUAUCCGAGGUUCUUUAUACCGGGAGAUUUUGUAGAGAGUUAGGCAGAAUCCUAUAGACCAGACAUUUAGUUCGUUAUACCGGGAAGUUCGUUAUGUCCGGGGUUCGUUGAAUCGGGAUUCCGCUGUAGUUAUAAAAUCAAACUUUAAGAUUUUGGCAAUGACAAAAUAAUUUUUUAGAAACUACAGUCAUUCAAAACUUCUUGAUGCACUGCCAUUCUCUGUCCUACCGAAUGUCACUUCAGUUGCUGUAGUGGAUUCACCCUAUCCACAAGUUUCAACACAACAACAUUGUCCCGCGGCCUUACAUGUGACCCAGCCCCGCAAAUUUACAAUUUACGGUAUUACACAUUAAUGAUGUUGACCUUCGGGUAGGGGAUUAGGAACAUUAGUCGAUUUAACAGCUUUCAAGUUGUGAUUUUCGCUCUAGCCUUUUAUUGACUUACAUUCCGCAUCUAGAUUCCAUUAUAGUACUUUCAAAACGUAAAGAAUUAAAGAAGCUAUUUCUAGAAGAAUGAAAAAUAGAAAAAAUCUAAGGUAUUUCUAAUCCUAUGGACUUACUUC